AUGAAUAAAGAUCCAAAUCAUUUAUAUAUUGAAAUUCAACAGCGAUUAAAAAGAAAAGAAUCAUGGGACAUAUUUGGUGAUCAUUAUGGAAUAUCCUUUGACUACCUCCUCUUCACGUUUUUGGUGGAACAAGAGAUUGCGUUUUACCAUUUUCAGCUAUUGAAAUUGCAAGGUCCCAAUGACUUCACGUUCAAACAUUCUUUCUCUGUGAUACCAUCAGAACCAGCCUCUAAAAAAAAGUGUAAUCAUCUUAGUAACGCGCAAAGAAAAGAAAUUUGCGAGUAUUCUCAGAAAAAUCCUUCUGCUAAACAUCAUGAAAUUACUGAAGAAUUUCUAACUGUUAUCUGGCUCACUGUCUUCACAGAAAAAACCUAUCAUCACCGCUCUCCAAAAUACCUGCUAGUUAAAGCAAUAAUGAACUUGUGGGUUGACCAGAUAAAUGCUAAUGCAGAACUGGUUUUAACAAACGUAUUACUCAAGAAAAAAGCACAUACUUUCGUGGAAGGACUUGGAAUCGAUAAAGAAGCUCAAAAGUUUAGUAAUGGUUGGCUCAAAAAAUUUAAGAAACGCAAUAACAUACGAAAAAUUAUGCUUCAUGGAGAAGCAAAUAGCGCAUCGCUUGCAUUAUUGCCUGAAGCACGCAUAAUACUUCAAGCUAUAAUUUCAGGUUAUGAUCUUGAUAAUGUAUAUAAUGUGGAUGAAACAGGUCUUUUUUCGCACAAUUUCAACACAAACAUUGGGAAAGAAGAAAAAAGCAGGAACUAA